UGAGUUGGUGAAUGAAUGCACAUGCCCCAAUCAAUUCCCAAUGGUCAGGGAAGCAGAAGGCAAGUACAGGAUCGGAGAACAGCUCACGCUCAUUUUUGUUAGGAUUUUACGCAAUCACGUGAUGGUUCGUAUCGGCGGUGGCUGGGACACACUUGAGCACUACCUUGACAAGCAUGAUCCCUGCAAGUGCAAACUUCAUCGCUCUGGGGGAAGGAGCCGGGCCAAUAGUUUUGGAAGCAACUACCGAAGGUCACCAAAACGAAGGGUGUCAGUAGAGGGUCCUAAACUUCACAUCCGCAACCAGAGUGUUGAGUCUCUGGAUGACUGCGAAAGCCGAUCAGUGCGCAGUCCAAGUCCACGCAUGAAACGCGAGGACAGUAAUGAGACUCUUGCCAGUCUAGAUUCCAACCACAGCGCGGAGCUUCUCAACAGCCACAGUCCUGUAAGAGGGAGACCUGGGGGCCUGGUGCGGAACAGCCCGGCCAGGAGCUCACUUCAGGCAGAGAAGCGUCCCUCUCAGCUUCCACGGAGGCUGAGCCAAGUCGGCACAGGCACUGAAGAGUUUCUCAGAAAACGUCGAGAGGAGGUGGGCACCGACAGCCAGAGUCGUCAGGGGAACCUUGCCCGCAGCGCUCCCACAAGCCCAACACGUCACGCCAGGCCCUUGUCCUGUACACCAAUUGACUUGAAUGAGUCCAAUGUGCAAUCUGAUGUAUACAGGCGGCUGGCACUGGCUGGUGGACGGGAGUCUGGUUCGGCGACUCAAACCCGCCGACACCGCAGCUCCUCGGUGAAUCUGACCAACACUCCACGCAGCAGAGAGACCUCGCAAGACCGAGGUAUCCCCAUCUCGCCGACUAUGAGACGAAAACACCGAUCUGGGUCCCUGAAUGUCAGCGCUUCAAGAUCCGAUACCAAGAGACUUGCCGACAGACGAGACAACUCAGUCAUCAUGAUCUCGCGAGACACUGGAGGGCGGCAUCGCCUUAACAGCACCAGUAGCUGUGAUUCCAGUGAUCUCAGGUCCCUCGAGGGAUCAUCCUUGCGAUCCCCAACAGACAGUGAGAAAUCAGCCACAGAGUGUGUGACCCGGAGACUGAAAGAACAAGAGAGGACCCGAAGCCUUUCUGUCGACCGGAGUGCUGCAAGAGCCAAAACCCCAGCCUUUGAAAGGGGAUCAAGGUUGCGGGCAUCAACAGGUGUAGGGGAAGGGAGAGCAACAAGAUCACAAAUCCCAGCAUUUGAGAGAGGAUCCAGGUUACGUGCAUCCACUGGUGUCUCUGAGGGAGCUAACUCAAGAACCCAGAGCCCUGCAUUUGAGAGAGGCUCAAAGCUGCGCUCAACCACCGGUGGUAUGGGAUCUAAUGUCAGACCCAGGAGUACCACAGCAAUUCCGUCAAGAUCAACCAAACCAGAAGACAGCCAAGAAGCUGCCGUCCAGAAUGUGCCAAAACGACAGCCCAAAGAAAGUCCUCUUCAGAGAAGCGGGUCCCUCAGGAAUCCACGGACUGAUCGUAGGCUUUUUAACGACAGGGACCAAGAAGCAGGUUUCACUAGAAACUCUGCCAGAAGGCGGACCUUCAUGGGCAAGGAGACAAAGAAGGCAGAACUGAAUGCAGAGAACCUGGCCAAGUACCUUCAGAACUACCAGAGUAGGGUGGCUCCAAGAGAGACUCGUAGCGAGACCAGAAGUAAUGCCAGUUCGAGGGCCAGCUCGCGGGCCAGUUCUCCUGGGACAUCAAGGCUGAGACCCAGGAUCCCGGUCCCCAGCCACCUGAAGGCCGAGCCCAAGACACCCAUCAGGAAGGACUGCCUGGAGAAUGCACAGCCAUCCCGCAUUCCCAUGCCCGUCCAACACAAACGGCUGUUGUCAGCAGAGGGAGGUGCAGCCGCCUCCUCUCGUAGUCACUCCCUCCCCGAUCUGAUUGCCAACAUGAUGGACUGGUGUCAGCGCACCAUCAACAUCGACAACUGUGAUACUAGGAGUUUCACCAGUGCUGGUUCCAUGUCUCCGACGCCUUCCCUGAGGACCGACCAGGACUCUGGUUAUGAAGACAACCCACAGAAAGGCUCGCCUCUUGGCCCAGAUGAGCCUUACCACCUGCGUAGGGCGGAACGCGCUAGAUCCAUUGCAGAGGGGGACGAAGAGCCACCACUCUUGGCUGAGGGAGCCACCGGUAGAGGAACAUCAGCAAAAUAACGCUAAGCGCUCAACUUAACCCUUUAGUGACCAGCCUUAACUUGUUCAGCAACGCUGAACAUAGAGAGUAUAUUCCCAACAUGUGUGGUACCGGUAUAUUCCAAGUGGAAGUACCUUGACAAACAACAUACACGAACACGCCAUUGUUUUGCAAGCUCUUCACUGAGUGAUAAUUGAUAAACCCUUCAACUUUUCAUGUAUUGUG